UCUAAGAACUCCGGACGAGACCAAGACGCAGGCAGGCAAGUGGGUGGCGACCGGAUCUAGGAUAUCGCGGGACGCGAGGCCUAAGGCCUCCUUUGUGUUUAGCUUUAGCCUGAACGUGCAUUUGUAAAUAAUUGUGUAAUGUAGCUUGUAUUUGUAGUUUAGAUUGAGUGUUUUGUAGUGUUGUAUUUUAUUGUACGAAUAAACGGGGAGCGGAAUCCCGCUCCCGUGAAAGAACCAGGCUGGACUCGGGUUGUUGACGGACCACGUGGGAAAUGGCGAAUCGGCGGCGGUACGCGAUUUCCUACAAGCUCAAGCGAGGAAGAAACCUGCAUUUGACAUGCCUGUGUAAACAAUUUCUUUUUAUUAUUAUUAAAGCGGCCGGUUUUACUUUUGUUCUCAAUUGCGUAUCACUAGAGCUUGGGCUGGCUUGCUAGGGUUUGCCAAGUUGUGGGGGGGGGGGGGGGGGGGGGGGGUAGUAACCUAAGUGGUAAAUUUUGAUGAACGCCAAUACCCUUUCCAAGUAAAAUGUGAAAAACCGCCGAUAUCGUGUUCGCGCUAAGUGUGCCGCGCACUGUAGAUUUGGCGAUAUUUUAUAGUUUAAUGACGCUAAAAUAUAUCAGCCUGCCGCAUACGGGGGUAUUACAAUCUCCUUUGUAAAUAAAUUAAUAGUUUUUAACACCGUUUCAGCUGUGCCGUGCUACAUAGUAGGACCACUGGUCAGUGAGUAGUAUAAGGCAAAUAUUUAAUUUCGUGUUCAGUUCUCACAAAAAAAACAAAUAAUGAACGGUACAGAUGCUGAGUGGAAACGCUUGAAAACGACGAUCGCGUGAUUAAGCGAUGCAAAGAGAGACAGCAGAAAGAAAGCGUCAGACAGACACUCUCGCUUCCAGGUCACGGUCUUUAGCACACACGCACGCGACACGAUGCCAAGCCAGCCAAGCGCGCUUCCAGGAACCCAACAAACAGCAAAUAAAUAGAGCGCGGCGGGAACAACACAAGAAAAAGAAAACCAGCUUCCGCGCUAUCGGUAUGCGUCAUCCGCGCUCGCAGCUUGCUGCAACGACCGGUACGCCAGAGAAGAAAGGGGGAGGUGAAACACUUGCGCCUUGCGCAGUGUGUGCCGCGACGUAGUUGCCGUUAGACAACAUGGCCGCCGCCACAUGGAUGCCGCUUGUAUACCGCCAGCUCUGCCCGUCGUCUUUUCACGGGGCCAAAGUAUCCGUCCGUCGCCUGGGCUCACUUUACGGUGGCCGGUACUUCGUGACCCUCCUGCCCGGACAUGGUAUCGGCCCCGAGAUGAUGUCCCACGUGGAGAAAGUCUUCGAGCGCGCCAAGGUACCGGUAGACUUCGAGAGGGUUGAGGUCGACGACACCCCCGAGUCUCUACACAACGCCCUGACGUCCAUCCGCCGCAACGGCGUCGCCCUCAAGGGGAACGUCGAGACGGAGAACCCGCUCCAAGUGGAGCCACGUAACCUGGUCCUGAGGAGCGCCCUGCAGCUAGACGUGAACGUGGUCCACUGCCGGAGUCAUCCGGGGGUCACCACCCGCCACAAGGACAUCGACAUCGUGGUCAUCCGCCAGAACACGGAGGGCGAGUACAGCUGCCUGGAGCACGAGAGCGUACCAGGGGUGGUGGAGGGACUCAAGAUCAUCACGAGAAAGAAAUCUGCGGAGACGGCCAGGUACGCUUUCUCGUACGCGCGCUCCCACAAGCGGAAGCGGGUGACCGUCAUCCACAAGGCGAACAUCAUGAAGCUGGCAGACGGACUGUUCCUCGAGACCUGUCGGGAGGUGUCCAAGGAGUUCCCGGACGUGGAGUUUAGCGACAUGAUCAUCGACAACUGUUGCAUGCAGCUGGUCUCGAGACCGUCCCAAUUCGACGUCAUGCUUGUUCCCAAUCUUUACGGCAACAUUCUGGUGAACAUCGCGUGCGGACUCGUGGGUGGUCCCGGCAUCACGUCUGGUCGCAACUAUGGUCGUGACUACGCGGUGUUUGAGACUGCCACGCGUAACACGGGCAGCCAGUUGGUCGGGAGGAACAUUGCCAAUCCGACAGCGACGUUUCUGGCGGCUGUGGACAUGCUCAAGCAUCUGGGUCUCAGGCACCACGCUUAUCUUAUCAAGGACGCUGUGGAGAAGACCUUGAACGAAGAUAAGAUUCAUACGCGGGACCUCGGAGGCACCGCGUCCACGAGUGACGUCGUGGAGAAUGUGUUACGGGAAGUGGAGAAGCACACGCAGGUGCCGCUGGAUAAUCGACCUCAUCUUGACUCGCCGGUGCGGUGUCAAGUCUGAGAUUGCAAGGCUCAAGGUGUGUUCCGUUACGUAGAAAAAUAAGAAUAAAGAGAUAUGUUGAUAAA